AUGCCUUGGCCUUUUAAGACUGAGGUGCUCAGACAACAGUACACACCUCCUUCAUGCAGAAGCGAUACAUGCACACACAGUUUGUCUCACAGUAGGACCUGCAACAUGAGCUGUGACCAGAGCUAUCCCUUCCCACAGGUGUUCCUCGUGGAUGGAGGUGGAAGUCGUCAGAACUCUGACCAGCCUCCGAGUCUUGUGCCCUGCUGGUCAUUCCCGCCAGCCCAGGAGAGGGCGAGGAGCCGUGAGAAGAGUCGGGGCUUCAUGGGAGUCAGCCCCAGUCUGGCCUUGGUCGUGCUGUUGCUGUUCCUGCUUGUGUUUGCAGCCCUGGGGUUUGAAGCCUACCAGAUCCACAAUAUGCAGAUGGAACUGAAACAGAUGAGACAGGAUCAACCUGAGACAGAGUUUAAUACAGCACAGAAGCAAAUUGGUUUCCCUGAACCUGAGGUGCGUGGACAAGACACAGACAACAGACCUGCAGCACAUAUGAUGGGGCGGAUUGAAAGAGGGGAAUUCCGGAAGACUUUGCGAUGGGAGCCGAGGGUAGGUCGGGCGUUCGUAUCUGGAGGAGUGACUUACCAGAUUGAAGAUGGUGGUCUGCAGGUCAACGAGAGCGGACUCUACCACAUUUACUCACGAGUGGAGCUGAUCUUUAGGAACUGUUCCCCCACAUCCUCGUUCAUUCACUCUGUGUUUUUGAGGAGAGCGAAACAUUUGUCACCUCUGACCCUGAUGGAGGCCCACAGAGCAGGUUUCUGCUCCAAGCACCUGGAAAACUCUUGGACCACAGAGAGUUACCUCAGCGCUGCCCUAAAGCUGCAGAAAUACGACAAAGUUUUUGUGAAUGUAUCGCACCCCUCUCUUCUUAGUCAUGCACAUUAUGGCAACUUCUUUGGCCUCUACAAAGUCUGAAGAUUUUGGGGAGAUGAGCUUUUUUUUUUUUUUUUGAUAUUUACUCAAAUGAAAGAAUGUAAACUGCUCACAAUGUCUCAGACAGGAGUGAGUCUUACUCAUCACUUUACCCAAAUGAUUCCUAUGUUGAAUGUUAUUCCGAUGACCUAUAAUAACUGCACGGAAUAUGAUGUUAAAACCAUGGUCAAAUAUUGCACAUUGUUUUUAUUGCCAGCUUUUUAAUUUGUGGUUAAUUGAAGCGAUUUCCACACCUAUUUAUAAACAAAUAUUGUGCCUUAUGUAAAUGUUUUGAUAGUCAGUUAACACUAAGAUGCUGAUUUAGUUGUAGCAUUUUUCAAAAAUAUUUAUUUUGGUGUGUAUCUGACAUUUAUGAUGUCUAAAUGUGUGGUUAUGAAACAUAAAAAUGAUUUUAUGAUCAUUGCUUUGAAGUAAAUAAAAGAGAUACUUAAUUUCCAUUUGGUGAAACAAGGAAGUGCUAAGUUAAUAAACAAAGUCUUUCUGGUUGAAAUCCAGUGGGUGUCAUGUUUGAGUAGGUGAUGUUCAUGUAAGGAACACCCACAUGGGUUUUGUUCAUGAAAACUGGAAAGUAUUUAGAUAAAUACAUCAUGAACUUGAUUUCCAUAUAUUCCACUGAGGUACAGCAGCAGCCUACUAUGGAGAGGUGUUUUUUUUUUUGUUUUUUUUAUAACCUGCCAGU